CCCCAAGCCAUAUUUCAUCAUCUCCUGUUACUCCCCUUCCUUGAUUGUCUCCUCGAUCUUCUCUUCUUCAUUCCCCUCCUCUGGACCAUUGGCAGAUUCCUUCCUCCAAACCCAGAAUCUCCUCAUCUUUCUUCUGCUGCUUCCUUAAGCUAGUCCUCUUGUCUGAGCCUCGCAUCUCUACAUCAUGGCCGCCCCCAAGAGCUCCAUCCCCUCCCACCUCAAGGCGGACGAGAACAAUGGCUUCGAGAAGCGUCACCAUGGCAAGACGCGCAGCCACAUGGCUUUCGAGAACACCUCCACCAACGUCGCUGCCGCCCAAAUGCGUAACGCUUUGACCAACCUCACAGAGACUAUCGAGGACCCUAAGGAGAAGAAGCUCUUCGAGACCGAGAUGGAUAACUUCUUUGCUCUUUUCCGCCGCUACCUCAACGACAAAGCCAAGGGCAAUGCCGUUGACUGGGAUCGUAUCGCUCCUCCUGCUCAAGGCCAGGUCGUCGAUUAUGAGGAUCUUGCCACCUCCGAGUCUGUGCAGUUCCUCAACAAGCUUGCUGUUCUCAAGCUCAACGGUGGUCUUGGUACCUCUAUGGGUUGCGUUGGCCCCAAGUCCGUCAUUGAAGUUCGUGACGGGUCGUCUUUCCUCGAUCUCUCUGUCCGUCAGAUUGAGUACCUUAACCACACAUACAACGUCAACGUUCCUUUCAUUCUUAUGAACUCCUUCAACACCAACGACGACACUGCUGCUAUCAUCAAGAAGUAUGAAGGACACAACGUCGAUAUCCUCACUUUCAACCAGUCCCGAUACCCCAGAAUCUAUAAGGAUUCUCUUCUUCCCGUUCCCAAGGACUUCAAAUCCUCUAUUAGCGAGUGGUACCCCCCUGGCCACGGUGACGUUUUCGAGUCCCUCUACAACUCUGGUAUUCUUGACCAGCUUCUUGAGCGCGGAAUUGAGAUUAUCUUCCUCUCCAACGUUGAUAACUUGGGUGGCGUGGUUGAUCUCCGCAUCCUCCAACACAUGAUGGAGACCAAGGCUGAGUACAUUAUGGAAUUGACCAACAAGACCAAGGCCGAUGUUAAGGGUGGUACCAUUAUCGACUACGAGGGCUCUGUUCGCCUUCUUGAAAUUGCUCAGGUCCCCAAGGAGCAUGUCAAUGAGUUCAAGUCGAUCAAGAAGUUCAAGUACUUCAACACGAACAACAUCUGGCUCAACCUCCACGCCAUCAAGCGUGUUGUUGAGAACGAUGAGCUUGAGAUGGAGAUCAUCCCGAACGGAAAGACCAUCCCUGGUGACAAGAAGGGUGAGUCGGAUAUCUCCAUUAUUCAACUCGAGACUGCUGUUGGUGCCGCUAUUCGCCACUUCAAGAAUGCACACGGCGUCAACGUUCCCCGUCGCCGCUUCUUGCCUGUCAAGACCUGCUCCGAUCUCAUGCUUGUCAAGUCGGAUCUCUAUACUCUUAAGCACGGUCAACUUCAGAUGAGCGCCGCUCGAUUCGGAGACGCGCCACUCAUCAAGCUCGGUAGCGAUUUCAAGAAGGUCUCCGACUUUCAGAAGCAUAUCCCGUCCAUUCCUAAGGUGUUGGAGCUUGACCAUCUCACUAUUACUGGUGCCGUCAACCUGGGUCGCGGUGUCACUCUUAAGGGCACUGUCAUUAUCGUUGCUACAGAAGGCAGCACGAUCGACAUCCCCCCUGGCUCCAUCCUCGAGAACGUCGUCGUUCAGGGCUCUCUCCGUCUCCUUGAGCAUUAAAUAUGCAUCUGGAUUACGGGGAUGCGCCACCUCUACAUACAAGACCUACUUGGAAUGAGCCCACAGGAGAGGCACCCUCUAUCAAUAUAUAAUAAAGAGUUUAUUUAGAAUGGGAACGGUUGGGGGAUGGCUGCGAAUACAUAGCAGCACUCCUUGAUUUGUUGUUCUCCGUGUCUUGUUGGGAGAAUAUGACUUGCCUCUUUCAUUUGUCUAGUUGCAAUUACUGCCUUUUUUUAAUUUAGGCCUGCAGAAAACCGCGUUUUCGCGGAACAGUCUUUUUAAUUCG